CCGGCUUCGCGGUCGGCAGGCCAGGAGGGAGGGCGCCUUUGGCUUCCCCACCCGCCAUGGAGCGGCUGACGUUGCCUCCCCGCGGCGCGGCGGCAGUGGACGAGUACCUGGAGUAUCGGAGUUUUUCAGGAAUUGUCCAAAUGGAUGAAGAUACACAUUACGAUAAAGUGGAAGAUGUGGUUGGAAGUCACAUAGAAGAUGCAGUAACGUUUUGGGCCCAGAGUAUCAAUAGAAAUAAGGAUAUCAUGAAGAUUGGUUGCUCACUGUCUGAAGUUUGUCCCCAGGCCAGUUCAGUUUUGGGGAAUCUUGACCCAAAGAAGAUUUAUGGUGGAUUAUUUUCUGAAGAUAAGUGUUGGUACAGAUGCAAAGUACUGAAAAUCAUCAGCGAUGAAAAGUGUCUGGUGCGGUACAUUGACUAUGGAAAUACUGAAAUUCUAAAUCGAUCUGAUAUAGUUGAAAUUCCUUUGGAGCUGCAGUUUUCUAGUGUUGCCAAAAAGUAUAAACUUUGGGGGCUACACAUUCCUUCUAAUCAAGAAGUUACCCAGUUUGAUCAGGGCACAACCUUUUUGGGGAGCUUGAUUUUCGAAAAGGAAAUAAAAAUGAGAAUUAAAGCAACCUCUCAAGAUGGAACAGUUAUUGCUCAGGCUGAGUAUGGCAGUGUGGAUAUAGGGGAAGAAGUGUUUAAGAAAGGAUUUGCAGAGAAAUGCAAACUUACUUCCAGAACUGACAUCAGUGAGGAAAAAAAAUUGGAUCCUGGUCAACUUGUUCUCAGGAACCUCAAAAGCCCCAUUCCUUUGUGGGGGCAUAGAUCAAACCAGUCAACUUUCAGCAGGCCCAAGGGGCACUUAAGUGAGAAGCUGACUCUUGACUUGAAGAAUGAAAAUGAUGCAGGAAAUCUUAUGACAUUUCCAAAGGAAAGUUCGGCUGUUGGUGACUUUAAUUUAGGGUCUAAUGUCAGCCUGGCAAAAAUUAAGCAGGACCAGAAACUGAUUGAAGAAAAUGAAAAACUUAAAACGGAGAAGGAUGCUCUUCUCGAAAGUUAUAAGGCAUUAGAAUUGAAAGUAGAACAGAUUGCCCAGGAGCUGCAGCAAGAGAAAGCAGCUGCUGUGGUUUUGACUAAUCACUUAGAAAGCACUCUGAAGACCUGUAUAGAUACCAGAAUGAAAAAUCUGGCAGCUAAGAUGGAAAUACUGAAAGAAAUGAGAAUUAUUUGUAUAUUUUGGCGUUUAACAAACUUUAAUAAACAGAAGUGUAUCUCUCUGCAGGAUUUGUCAGUCUCUUUAGAAGCAGUGUAUGGAGAAGCCAAAGAAGGAGCAAAUUCUGAUGAAAUACUUACAAAAUUUUAUGACUGGAAGUGUGAUAAAAGAGAGGAGUUCACCAAUGUUAGAAGCGAAACAGAUGCUUCUCUGCAGCGUCUGGUAGCAUGGUUCCAAAGAACCUUAAAGGUUUUUGACCUAUCUAUGGAAGAACCACUGAUUUCUGAAGAUGCAGUUGAUAAUAUUGAUGAAAUCCUAGAGAAGACUGAGUCAAGUGUCUGCAAAGAGCUGGAGAUAGCUCUGGUUGAUCAAGGUGAUGCAGACAAGGAGAUAAUUUUAAAUACGUACAGUCAAGUACUGCAAAAGAUUCGUUCAGAGGAAAGGCUCAUUGCCACAGUACAAGCUAAGUACAAGGACAGUAUUGAGUUUAAAAAGCAGCUUAUUGAAUAUUUAAAUAAGAGUCCCAGUGUAGAUCACUUGCUGUCCAUUAAGAAGACAUUGAAAAGCUUAAAAGCUCGACUGAGAUGGAAAUUGGUUGAAAAGAAUAAUUUGGAAGAGUCAGAUGACCCUGAUGGCUCUCAAAUUGAGAAAAUAAAAGAAGAAAUAACUCAGCUGCGCAGUAAUGUUUUUCAGGAAAUUUAUCAUGAGAGGGAGGAAUAUGAGAUGCUGACUAGUUUGGCACAGAAAUGGUUCCCUGAGCUGCCUCUGCUUCAUCCUGAAAUAGGAUUACUCAAAUACAUGAACUCUGGUGGCCUCCUUACAAUGAGCUUGGAACGAGAUCUUCUUGAUGCUGAGCCCAUGAAGGAACUUAGCAGCAAGCGUCCUUUGGUAUGUUCUGAGGUUAAUGGGCAGAUAAUUCUGUUAAAGGGCUAUUCUGUGGAUGUUGACACAGAAGCCAAGGUGAUUGAGAGAGCAGCCACCUACCAUAGAGCUUGGAGAGAAGCUGAAGAAGAGUCAGGGUUACUACCAUUGAUAUUCCUGUUUUUAUGUAAGUCCGAUCCUAUGGCUUACCUGAUGGUCCCAUACUACCCUAGGGCAAACCUGAGUACUGUUCAAGCCAGCAUGCCUUUAAAUUCAGAAGAAGCUUUAAAAGUCAUGAAAGGUGUUGCCCAGGGCCUGUAUACAUUGCAUAAGGCUGAUAUAAUUCAUGGAUCACUUCAUCAGAACAAUGUAUUUGCUAUAAACCGUGAACAAGGAAUUGUUGGAGAUUUUGACUUCACCAAAUCUGUGAGUCAGCGAGCCUCAGUGAACAUGAUGGUUGGUGACUUGAGUUUGAUAUCACCUGAGUUGAAAAUGGGAAAACCUGCUUCUCCAAGUUCAGACUUAUAUGCUUAUGGCUGCCUUUUAUUAUGGCUUUCUGUUCAAAAUCAGGAGUUUGAGAUAAGUAAAGAUGGAAUCCCGAAAGUGGAUCAGUUUCAUUUGGAUGAUAAAGUCAAAUCCCUCCUCUGUAGCUUGAUAUAUUAUAGAAGUUCAAUGACUGCUGAACAAGUUUUAAAUGCUGAAUGUUUCUUGAUACCAAAGGAGAAAUCAGUUCCAAACCCAGAAAAAGAUACUGAAUACACCCCAUAUAAAAAGGAAGAAGAAAUAAAGAUGGAGAACUUGGAUAAAUAUAUGGAGAAGACAAGAAAUGGUGAAGCCAACUUUGAUUGUUAAAUUAUUAUUCUGUUAUUGUUGCAGAUGUUCUUUUUAAAAAUUUGUUUAGUUUGGUUAAUACACAGAAAUAUCUAGAAAUGUUCUGGGACUAGUUGGGUUGUAUCUUUAGUAUUCAGGUUGUGAAAAAUAAAGAUGUUUGGCUAUGCA